AUGGUCGCACUCCUACAGGUAAUGGACUCUCAUUUUUCUCAUAUACCUAUAGCAGGCCGAUUAAUCAAUUUUUCCCAACAGUGGUCUCGACUCACACAGGACCCGUGGAUCCUUCAGACCGUGUCUGGCUUCCACCUAGAAUUUACAGAGAACCCAGUUCAAAUGUCUUUACCUACUCCCCUCAGAAUGUCUCAAAUAGACGGCAUGUCCCUUCAGGUCGAACAUGACGGCCUAGUCACCAAGGAUGCCAUUGAGCAGUCCCUCAGCCCACAAGGUUUCGUGAGCAACAUCUUUUUAGUCAAGAAAUAGUCGGGAGAGUUCCGACCAGUCAUCAACCUAAGAGAAUUGAACAGAUUCAUCAAAUACAGACAUUUAAAGAUGGAAGGCAUCCAUCUACUUCGAGACCUCCUCUGCGAGGAAGACUGGUUCUCCUGCUUCGACCUCAAAGAUGCAUAUCUCACGGUACCAAUCACGCCAGAACACCGCACCUUCCUCCAGUUCCAUUGGCACAAAACACUUUGGCAGUUCACCUGUCUCCCCUUUGGACUAUGUUUCACCAAGCUAAUGAAACUGAUGAUGGCACUAUUCCGUUCACAAGGGAUUCGGUCCAUCAUAUACUUGGACGAUAUCCUCCUUAUGGCUCAAGACGAGGAGACACUAUGUCUCCAUACAGAUAUGACUUCGGCUCUCCUCCAGAAUUUGGGUUUUGUCAUCAACCUUCAAAAAUCAUCUCUAACCCUAUCCCAGACGGUACAGUUUCUGGGAUUUCAGAUAAAUUUGAUUCAGGCAGUUCUACAACUUCCUGCUACAAAAAUCAAAACCAUAAAAAAGGACAUCCGGAGAUUGCUGGCUUCACCAUAUAUCCGACUCAGGGAUUUAACCCGCACAAUCGGGCUACUCUCCGCCUCAAUCCAGGCAAUAUUUCCAGCCCCACUACACUAUCGGGCAAUGCAACGUUUGAAAACACACUACUUGCAGCGUUCAAAAUCCUACGAACAACAAAUUUUUGUCACAGACGAAGUCCAAUUGGAACUCCACUGGUGGCUUCAACAUAUGGAAGCCUGGAACGGAAGGGCUAACUUUGGUCGACAACCCGAUUUCAUUCUGGAAUCGGAUGCCAGCCUCCUCGGAUGGGGUGCCACCUGCUCGGAACGUUCUACCGGAGGCCUCUGGUCCCCAUCAGAACAGGCACUACACAUCAAUUGCCUCAAACUGAUUGCUGGUUCCUUCGCGAUUCAGAGUUUUGCCAAAAAAAAAUACAACUGCUGCCUUAUCCUGAGAAUGGACAAUGUCUCAGCAGUAUGAUACGUGAACCGCCUAGGUGGCUCCCAAUCAAAGAUGCUAUCAGAUCUGACAAAGGAAUUGUACCAAUUCUGCCUGGACAGGAACAUCUCCCUUCGUGCAGAAUAUCUCCCGGGCUCCGACAACCUCGUCGCAGAAUGGUUCUCCCGCUACUGGAGGGAUUCCAGCGACUGGCAACUGGAUCCACACAUUUUCCACCAUCUACAGGUUCUGAGGGGGCCACUCUUAUCGGUCAAUCAAUGUUUUCCGUUCUGCCAUUUCGGCAGCUCAUAGCCCUGUUGGCAAACAUCCCUCCAUAUGCAGACUCUUGCGGGGCAUCCGCCUCUCGAGACCUCCAGCUCCCAAAUAUAAUCAAUUUUGGGAUGUCGCUAUUGUGCUAUUCUUCUUAGAGACCUGGCCCUCUAAUGAAGAGCUCACUCUCCAACAACUGCCAGCCAAACUGGCACUGCUGUUCUGUCUGGUAUCUUUUAGAAGAGUUUCGGACAUCAGAGCAUUUGACGUCCAUGCCGUUGAUUUUACCCCUGAGGGAGUACACUUCUCCAUUACCCGACGCACCAAAACCAACUCAUCUACGGUAAACUACCCUUACUUCCACAACAAAUCCAUGCUUUGAGUCGCUAGUUGCGUCCGACAGUACAUCUUUCGCACUAAUGCCCUUAGAACGCAAACAGGCCCCCUACUGGUGUCAUACGUUCGACCUCACACACCAGUGUCAUGCCCCAUGAUUGCCUGUUGGAUCAAGUGGCUACUGGCCCUAGCAGGAAUCGACCUAUGUUUUGGUGCUCAUUCAGUGAGAGGCGCAUCUGACUCUUUUGCAUUUACGUCUGGGGGCUCCCUAGCGGAGAUCCUCACCUCGGCAGAUUGGUCCAGAGAAUCCACAUUCAGAACCUUCUAUUUCAGACAAUCUUCUCAUGUAUCUAAUUCCAUCUUAUUAUCGCUUUAAAACAGCAAAUAUGAAGCCUCCUGUCCAUAAAAUUCGGGAUUAUUCUAACUUUAGUGACUGACUAAUCUAAAUUUUAUAACCAAAAUUGCAAAAUUGGCUUGCAUCCUUAAGGGUAAGACAGGCUUUUGAAGCUGUGUGCUUAAGGGGUUAAAAAUUAAAGACAGUCUGAGCUGCAAAAAAUAGGCAAUGUCGAUGCACUGCAAAAAUAUAUAAACCAAUGUUACUCUUUUGAGGACUCGGCUCUGAUUGACUGAUUUUGAGUCUUCAGGCAAAUCUCUGGUUGGUCCUGAACAGGUUAAUAGAUUGGCUGAGCACUUGGCUUCCCCAGUCAUGCGGGCUCCAGGUCGCAGUGGCAGAAGUGAUAUUCACCCCAGUCAUAGCGCCACCUGCUGGCCUCUCCUGCUUUGCUCGCAAGCUGCAGACGUCUCGAAACCUGAAGGAUAGCUGCCGCAGUGCCGUGUAGCCCCUCCUACUCCGGCAAUGAAGAGGUGCCGGUGGGCGUUCUUUUGUGUGCGUCAGAGCGAUGUAGGGGGAAAAAGCGUUUCUGAUUGGCCGCCGUGUCGGUCGGAACCAAUCUGUGCAGUUUGGGGGAGAGGAGUCUUGUGGUGACCGUGAGAUGAGCGGCCCUGGGAUAAGGUUCCAUUACAUUGUCUGCGGGUCCCGGGGGCUGGAGGACGGCAGGUAACUACCACAGCAACCCGGGGGUGGGGGGAGACACAAUCACCGGCCUAUCAGACGGACGGAGUGAGGCUGGUCACUGCUUGCUAUUACCCGGACUGCAGUCAGUGUGUGCUGCAAUGCCUGCACUGUGACCUCCCACCAUUGUGCUGGAAGUUUUGCAGUGAAUCAGUGCAGGAGCCUUCCUUCCCACCCAGUAAUAAAGCACACCGACAGACUGCAUGCCAGGCUGUGCCAUGCUAGCUGUGUGUGCCAGGCUGUGCCAAGCUAGCUGUGUGCGCCAGGCUGUGCCAAGCUAGCUGUGUGCGCCAGGCUGUGCCAAGCUAGCUGUGUGCGCCAGGCUGUGCCAUGCUAGCUGUGUGCGCCAGGCAGUGCCAAGCUAGCUGUGUGUGCCAGGCUGUGCCAAGCUAGCUGUGUGCGCCAGGCUGUGCCAUGCUAGCUGUGUGCGCCAGGCUGUGCCAUGCUAGCUGUGUGCGCCAGGCUGUGCCAUGCUAGCUGUGUGCGCCAGGCUGUGCCAUGCUAGCUGUGUGCGCCAGGCUGUGCCAUGCUAGCUGUGUGCGCCAGGCUGUGCCAUGCUAGCUGUGUGCGCCAGGCUGUGCCAUGCUAGCUGUGUGCGCCAGGCUGUGCCAUGCUAGCUGUGUGCGCCAGGCUGUGCCAUGCUAGCUGUGUGCGCGCCAGGCUGUGCCAUGCUAGCUGUGUGCGUGCCUGGCUGUGCCAUGCUAGCUGUGUGCGUGCCAGGCUGUGCCAUGCUAGCUGUGUGCGCGCCAGGCUGUGCCAUGCUAGCUGUGUGCGCCCCAGGCUGUUCCAUGCUAGCUGUGUGCGCGCCAGGCUGUGCCAUGCUAGCUGUGUGUGCCAUGCUAGCUGUGUGUGCACCAGGCUGUGCCAUGCUAGCUGUGUGUGCGCCAGGCUGUGCCAUGCUAGCUGUGUGUGCCAUGCUAGCUGUGUGCGCCAGGCUGUGCCAUGCUAGCUGUGUGUGCGCCAGGCUGUGCCAUGCUAGCUGUGUGUGCCAUGCUAGCUGUGUGUGCGCUAGGCUGUGCCAUGCUAGCUCUGUGCGCUAGGCUGUGCCAUGCUAGCUCUGUGCGCUAGGCUGUGCCAUGCUAGCUCUGUGCGCUAGGCUGUGCCAUGCUAGCUCUGUGCGCUAGGCUGUGCCAUGCUAGCUCUGUGCGCUAGGCUGUGCCAUGCUAGCUCUGUGCGCCAGGCUGUGCCAUGCUAGCUCUGUGUGACAUGCUAGCUGUGUGUCUCGGGCUGUGCCAUGCUAGCUCUGUGCGCCAGGCUGUGCCAUGCUAGCUGUGUGUGACAUGCUAGCUGUGUGUCUCGGGUUGUGCCAUGCUAGCUCUGGGUCUCUGGCUGCGCCGUGCUGUGCCAGUCUGCCCAUGGAGGCUGUGCAUAAUGAUUAUAAUGAGGUUGCCCAUUGCAGUAAAUGUGAUCAGGUUGUGUUCUGGGCAGAUAGAGCUCCUCACUCAGAGUCCCUCAGCUGCUCUCUGACUCACAGCUUCAGCCCCUGGUAAACAAAGGAACUAUGUUUUUUCCAAGACUGGGGUCAGCUGUUGUGAAAGGGUCAUUAUGUAAUCUGGAACUAUCACAGUCAGGGUAGGAGCCUUUACACUGUGCUGGCUAAUCUGCAAUGGACAACCUCAUUAUAAUCGUUGUAAUCAUUAUGUGCUAAACACAAGUGUACACACUAGCAAGCCAUAAGACUUUCUUAUCCCACAGAAAUCUAACUUUAACAGUGCUCUCACUGCUGCAAGGGAUUCUGGGUAGGCAUAUGCAAAUGAGCUUGACAAAGAAACACAUUUUUGCCUUAUAAAUAAAUAUUAUAUCUCUAGAUUUGUAUUUGUAUUUCUCAUUGAAAUACAUUUUGUCAGAGAUAAAUGCUUUGUAUGGUUUGAAAGAUCAUGUUGGGAUGCUGAAUUAUGUUGGAUAGGUUAAAUGAUUAACCCAGUUUAAAAGUUAUUUACAGCUCAGACGUGUAAAUUAUGCUUCACUUUUUCCCUUCAUUAAUAGGACACUCCACUGUCCAAAUCUGAAAAAAUGAAAAUCACUGUUUAUUAGAUCUACCCCAUUAAAGAUAUGCAUGACUUUAAUUAUGCAUUUUCCAUUGAGGUAUAAAAACAUUGUGGAAAAUGCAUCUCAAUGAGAAGUCUUUGCUUGGCACUCUGAGCAGUUGCUGCGUCUUAAGGUUAGCUCCACGGAGCUAACCAAACUAGGAAGUUACAUGACCAGUUGUUUGACAACCACCGGGGUGUAACAUGGUUUAUUUAUAAAAGUCAUUAUUUCUAUUUAAAGGAACACUAUAGGGUCAGGAACACAAACAUGCAUUCCUUACCCUACUGUGUUACAACUACCAAUGAGUCCACCCCCGCCCUCCUAAAUAUAGUAAAAUCUUACUUUAAUUCAAGUCUGCAGCUGCUAGCUCUGCCCCUAAUCUGCCUGCUUGGCAGACAUCAUCAGAAGUGAUUCUCUAAACCAAUCACAAUGCUUUCACAUUGGAUUGGCUGAGACUGUCAAGGAGACAGAUCGGGGCAGAGCCAGCUCAAGCCAAACACAGCACUGGCCAAUCAGCAUCUCCUCAUAGAGAUACAUUGAAUUAAUGUAUUUCUACAUAGGUGUGCGCAGCCUAUUGCAUUAGGGUGUGCACCCUAAAGCACAAACACACACCGCGUGUAUAUGUAUGUAUGCGUGUAUAUGUGUGUAUGUAUGUAUGUAUGUGUGUGUGUGUGUAUAUAUAUAAAUAAUGUGUGUAUGUGUGCUGUGUGUGUGAGGGUGCUGUAUGUUUCUAGGGAUUGUGGGGGUGGAGAUGGGGGCAAAUUAUUAAAUAGCCCCCCUUCCUUCUUACCUUAUGUAGGGAGCGGGGGAUCCUUCCUUGCUGCCUUGUUUCCUUGCUGCCUGGUGGUCCAGUGGAGAAUGAACGCUAGCCUGCGGGGCUAGCGUUCACUCUCGCGAGAUCUAAGCGUUGCCGCGGCAAUGCUCAGAUCUCGCAAGAGGAAUCCGGCGGAGCUGCUGGCUAGAGCUCCCCGGGUCCUCUCUUGCCUCCCUCCAUGCUGCUGUGGGCCGGUGAGGGAGAUCUUUGAGAGGGAGAUCCAGCACUCGGAUAGCACGGGCUCUGCAUGAGCAGACACGGGAGAUCUCCCCUGCUGGUCUCAAUCCAUAGGCGUGCCGGGGGGAUUAGGGUGUGCCCAGACACACCCCGUGCGCAGGCCUAUGCAUUUCUAUGAGGUACGUUCAGUGUCUCCAUGCAGAGGGUUCCCCAGUAAGCAUCCCCAGUAGGCAACUGAGGCAUGGCUACUGGAGGUAUCCCUAGGCUGUAAUAAUGUAGACACUGCAUUUUCUCUGAAAAGACAGUGUUUACAGCAAAAAGCCUGAAGGGAAUAAUUUUACUCACCAGAACAAAUACAGUAAGCUGUAGUUCUGGUGAUUAUAGUGUCCCUUUAAGCCUGUACUUUUUGUAAAAUAAAAAGAUGGGGACACACUAUUCAUACAUAAAGAUCUUUUUCAGAAAGCUGAAGUGUUUUUGAGAUCCAGAGUGUCCCUCUAACUGUAACUCUGCCAAUAGAAGAGUACCAAAUUAACACACAUCUCUUAUACUGGAUCUCUGUAAUUGUACUUAUUAAAAAUGUUCAUCAUUGCUGGGCAAACCUCAGUUGUCACAUGUUUUCCCUUUUUGAACCUAUCCCUAGACUUUUCAUUAGUGUGUCAGAUUUUGCCAUUGCUGCUAAGCAACCUAAAAAAUGCUAAAUGGAGACUUACACCGUCAGCUGCAAGGUUCUCUUGUUUAGUUGCUAAGAUGCUCCCUAGCCACCUGAGAAAGAAACACAUCUGCCUUGUUUUCAUAAUGAGUGGCUUUACCAUCAUGUCCCAUGCCGGGUAAGCUAAAAUGUGUUGUAAUCUGAAUUGCUUUGGUAAAACAACACAUUAAACAUGUAAACAGUUUUCAGUGCUCAAUGUGAGUACAUUUUUUAUUUUUUGAUUUUACCCUUAAUAAUACCGGGUGCAAAGUUUCAGCAAAUCAUUUUUGCCUUAUCAUAAAAUAGGCAGUAAAAAGCAAGUUACACUUCACAUUUUUAGUAGUGCGGAUUAGUGUACGAUCAGACAAGAAUGCACUCGGUUACUGCUUCUUGAGUACUACAAGGAAUUUUAAGUUUGUUGUUGUGUAAUAUCUAUAGAGGGUGUGUUAGAAAGUGCAGGAUGAGGUCUGGCAACUUACAAAAAUAAAGGUUGACGUUUGGCCUCUGGUUAGCCCAAUAAGAGAGAACGUCAGUCUGUCAGAAAUAUAGAUUGGUGAUCAGCCAAGAUGUACAACAGUGUUCCCAUUGAUUAUUCUCUUCUGUAGUAAAUAAUGUGGUUGCUAUGUGCUAGCACUUCAUUAACCCCUUAAGGACACAUGACACGUGUGACAUGUCAUGAUUCCCUUUUUAUUCCAGAAGUUUGGUCCUUAAAGGGUUAAAAGUUUUAGUUCAGACACCUUAUGCAAUCUCAAAAGUGGCAACAAAUAGCACACCUAGAAUAGCUGAAUUGGUAAAACUCACAGACAAGAGUAAACCAUUCCAGUGUAGGCAUAAACCAUCAAUAAUUAAAUCAGGAUGUCCCAACUAUGACCCCGAUUCUAUAAUAUCGGUAAAACCCAGUUACAAAUUAUCGCUUGGAUUUGGCCAAUAUUUUUGUAAUGAAUUUUGACUGGAUUCAAUACCAGCUGAAAUUCUAGCAGCCAACCUCAAUAAACGGGUCAACUGCUUCCGAAAAACAUUUCAGACUUGAAUGACUAACCCAUGCCAUGAGUGGAGGUAUUUCCACUGAACCAGUGAGCAGUAUUAAUUGGAAACGCCAUUGACCUGAUAAAUUAUUUUUUUUAGUUUUUUAUUAUUAUUAUUAUUAUUACUUUUACUUACUACCUAUGUUUAAAAAAUGUGAUUGUUGGGUGUAAAAUUAUUCAAAUGUAGAAAUCCACACCACUGUAUCUCUGUCUUGGAAUGGAGUUCUUGCAUCUUGCCUCUCUAUCAGUCAUUGCUAGAAGCUCCUCCUUUUACUUUCGCCAGUCAGUAUAGAAGGUAGAAAUUGAAUUCCUACUCCAAUGCAGUGUGCUUGAUUGUGCCAGGAGUACGGCUGCAUUUUCAUAAUCGAUUAAUUUGCUGAUUUAUUUAUUUUUAUUUUUUUCCUGAUUAAUCAGAUUUAAUAAAUUGAAUUUGUAUUUAAAGAUGCUAGUCUGUGUCCAUUAUUCCUCUGACAGACCAUUAAUGGCUAGUUUGCUAGAAUUACGGACACAAGACUGGAAACAGAGACCCCCAAAUUGCGAGAAUGUGUCCGUUUUGCCAUCAUUGUAUAGAACUGCUUUGUUGCCCAUUUUUCUAAAAUUGUGAGAAGGAAAACAUGAAAGCUGGGGUUCAAAGAUAUAGAUCUAGUUUUCCCUCCUCUAUCUUCUCACACAUUCAAUCUACUUGUCUUGACACAAAAUAAUUUCAGAUUCAAAAGUUUGGCCCCAACUCUUUGCAAUAUUAUAAUGGGGGAUAUUUAACAAUAAAUGAGACAAUUGAAAAAUGGUACAGGAAUAAUAGGUAGAUGACAACCCUGCUCAAAACAAGCUUACAAUCUAGAGUAGUGAAGUAUAAAUCCACAAUAGAAAGGGCAUCAAGGGGGACAGCAAACAAACAAGGUGGAAAAGUAAUAGAACUGGACGUUAGUGGAUUUUGGCCCUCUAGGUGAGAGCCAAAGACAGAUUGUGACCUAGAAGUUAGUCUGGUAGGCCAUAAGCAAUUCUAAACAGAUGGGUUUUGAGAGACUUCUUAAAUGAUUGAAGACUAGGGGUGAGUCUGAUGGUGGUAGGCAGGGUGUUCCAAAAGAAAAUAAUGCUCUGUGAAAAGUACUGCAAGCUUGUGUUAGCAAUGAGGGUGCAAGCAACUGACAGAAGGUCACUGACAGAGCAGAGAGACUGAGAAGGGGCUAGAGUUGUUUAGAACUUUAUAGGUAAGGGUUAGUAUUUUUAAUUGACACCGAUAGGAAGCCUGUGUAAGUUUUAACAGAAGACGAGGUAUGAGAGGAGAGAGAGAUCAGCCUGGCGGCAACAUUAAUUACUGGUUGUAGUGGGGCAGUACUGCUAUUGGGGAGACCAAUUAGGAGAGAAUUACAGUAAUCCAUGCGAGAGAUUACUAGAGCAUGAACAAACUCCUUGGCAGCAUCUUGCGUAAAAAGGGGCAGAAGCAGGCAAAAAAUUUUUAAGGUGGAAGCGACAGGUUUUAGCAAAAGACAAGAUAUGAGAGGCAAAGGUGAGGCCAGGAUCAAAGAUAACACCAACAGAGUGUGGUGCCUGUCUUGGGUACUACCAUAGCAUGUUUAUGGUAAGCAGGGACAACACCAGAACAAAGCUCUGAUAAGGUCAGAAGAAACAGGAUCAGGUGCACAAGUGGUGGGACGAGAGGAGAGGAGAAGUGCAGCCACCUUCUGUGCAGUAGCUGGGGAGAAGGCUUAAAGCAUAGGUCCCCAAACUCCGGCCCCCCAGAUGUUGCUGAACUGCAACUCCCAUGAUUCUCUGACUAGCUAUUUAAUUCAAAGAAUCAUGGGAAUGUAGUUCAGCAACAUCUGGGGGGCUGGAGUUUGAGGACCCAUGGCUUAAAGGGUAGGGAAGAUAUGGUCCAGGUGCUGGAGAGAGAGAGGAUCAAAGGGGGGGGGGGGAGAAAUCUUUGCUUAAAUGUUUAAUCUUGUCAGUAAAGUAGCAUUCAAAACUCUUGGCUACCAUGCUUAAACCAUCACAUUGGUUAUUCACUAUGCACUCUGAAUUUACCUAAAUGAAAUCUGACUAGCAAACCAGAGAUAAAAAUGGCCAUUCUUGGAAACUUCUCAUCUCGGAUGGCAAAACAGAGGUCAAAUUUGUAGUGUAACAUCUUGGCCUAUGCCCUCCCCUAUAAUGUGUUUGUAUGGUGGCUAGCUGUAAUGUGUGUGUGUGUGUGUGUUUUUGUUGGGUGUAAUGUGUAUGUGUUGGCUAUAUGUGUGUCUGUGGGGUGUGCUGGCUGUACGUUGUGUGUGUGUGUGUAUGUGCUGGCUAUAUAAUAUUUAUUGUAAUGUUGCUGUGACCUCCACUUUAUAGGGUUUAGUGGGGGUCCUGGAUCCUUGGUGGUUCAGUGCUGGGUCCAGGAUCCUUGUUGGACUAGUGUGGGAGUAUAAGAUUUUCACCCUCGGUGAGUGCACACAUCAGAAAUAACUCUUUGUGAUCUGGCACGUAGUGAAUGCUGGAAAUCACAGAGGCUUCUCUCUGACUCACUAGAGCAGUGGUUUCCAUACCAGUCCUCAAGGCACGCAUUCCAGUCCAGGAUUUAGGGAUUUCCCAGUUGUCUAUUGUGUUUUUAGGAAGAAAGAAAAAAAAACACCUUGACACAAGUGGGUAAUCCUUAAAUCUUGGACUGGGAGGUGUGCCUUGAGGACUGGUUUGGAAACUACUGCACUAUGGAUUGCCAUACCUGAUAUGUACACCCAUGGAGGUGUACACCCAUUUAUCCACAGCAGGGCUAAUAUUUAUAAAAAGGCCUCCUACCUGGCGCCCAGAACUACAAGUACUUGGCAUCAGACUAUACUAUUCUUCAUGGUACAAACGAUUGAGCACUGUGACAAACUCCCCUUUUCCUGUGAGUUUGCCACGAGUUUUUGGAGGGGCUUGUUUGCCAGCCUCUUGACCCAGGACUAUGGCCCAUGUAUUAGACCUGGCUUCAGCACUGUGGACAGGCUUUGUUCAUGCCUUUUCCCCUCGGCGGUUCGGUAUAUGGGGCUACCGAAUGGAUUCUACUUAUGGUGUUCAUUUACCGAACAGUCGGACCACACACACAAGUGGAGUGUGCAGCCCAUUUACCCCCCAGGCUGGGAGUUAACCACAGCCAAAUUGAAGAACAGCUGGGUGGUCUCCGUUCGUAUAGUCGAAAACGUGGCUGCAGCCAUCUUGUUUAAUCAAACGCGGUCGAGUUCAAUGAUGCAUACUGUAUUUAGCUUACAAGUGAAAUUUACUCCUAAAUCCUUUUAUUCAAUACAACUUUAAAUCAUAUGUAAAUGCAAAACCAAACAAAAGAAAAUCAAAGCACGUGUACAAAUGUAAUUACCACCAAUAAUCCAGCCUAACACGAGUCACCAAUCCUCCUACGUUUCGGAAACUCUCCUGCUGCCUUUCUCAAGGGUGUCUGUGAAAUCAGCACUGCAGAGCCCUUUAACUUCAUUAAUAAUACAGCAAGUUCUAGGCUGUGGGCUUGUAAAGGGAGAUACAACAGGAUAUGAAUAGGUGUCAGGCUCUCCCUGCAUGUUCUCAGUCAAUUGUGAUUGGUGUUGGACCUUGCCAGCUAGCUAGCACUGAUCACAGUGUCACUAGACGGCAGUCAUAGACCAUUAUCUACUGUUUUAAUUAGAAAACCCAUCUUCUGAUGUCAGAAUUGAUAUUGGUUUUCCUUGGGGUUAGGUUAGAGUUAUCUUUAAGGUUCAAUGUAGGGUUAGAGCUAGUGUCCGGGUGGGGUUAGGUAAGGAUUAAUUCUGCUUUAGGGUUAAGGAUAGUGUAGGCUUAAGGGUAAUAUUAAGGUAGGUACACGGUUAGCAUUGGAAUAAGCAUUGUGUAAGGGGUAUGGUUGGCAUAGCAUUAUUGGUAUAUUAUUAGCCAAAAAAUAUUCUAAAUAUAUUAGGGCACUUAAAAAUCAGGGCUAAUAUAUGAAUCUAUUUUGAGUUGUUUUUAUUUAAUUGCACUGCAUGUGUAAAAUGACACCCCACGCCCACACAUUUUUAUUCACACAUAAUGUUGUGUUGGGUAUACAUAUAGGAUAUUAAAUUCAAGCCGUGGCUGUCCUUUAGAAAACAAUGUAUAAUCUUUUUGGGUGCACUUAAAGAGAAACCCUCAAAUUGUGGUGGAACAAACACAAAUCACUAAUUCUUGGUUUUGUUUUAGUUCAGAACUUGGAUAAUUUCUUCUGACCUUUUAAAGGGACAUUAUACUCACUAGAAAAACUACAGAAAAAUAGAAAAUAUACUGGAUAGCGCACUAAAAAUCCAGAAAUGUGUAUUACAGUGUUUAUACACAAAUUUAGAAUGAGAAAGGUAUAUACCAGAACAUACUAUACAGAAGAUCUUUGUCCAGUUGCCCCUGAAAACAUAAAGCUCACAUAGGGCAAUAUAGUACUGGUAAAUAUCCCAAUUUUCAAAUCUGUGUAUAUAUAAGUAGUAGAAAAUUCUACUCACAUUUUAAUGAGCCUGUGUUCAAACUGGCUCAAGUAUAUAAGCAUGAGUAGGAUAUGUGGAUUAGAUUUCUUCAAUUGAUGUAUUCCUCCCCAGUGUAUAUGAAUGUUGAGGAGCAAAAAUAGAUGUUAGAAAAAAUUGUAACAUUUAUUAUAAAAAACAAAUGGUAAAAUCUUACAUUCAAGAAGCAUAAGGUCAGCAUAGAUCAGCACAACGCGUUUCGGCUAAAGGCCUUCAUCAGGUGCAUACAAUUACUAUUUGUUUUUUAUAAUAAAUGUUACAAUUUUUUCUAACUUCUAUUUUUGCUGAUUUUAUUUUAGUGCGCUAUCCACUUUAUUUUCUGUUUUCCUGUUUUUUGCUUGUUUGUGAAAUUGUGUGGUUGAUUUCACUGUGGGUUUAGCAGCACACUAUAGCGCCGUAUUACCACCACUCUCUUUUUGUUACUAGAAAAACGACAGCUUAACCCCUUAAGGACACAUGACGUGUAACAUGUCAUGAUUCCCUUUUAUUCCAGAAGUUUGGUCCUUAAGGGGUUAAAGGGACACUAUAGUCACCAGAACAACUACAGCUUAUUGAAUUUGUUGUGGUGAGUAGAAUAAUUACCUUCAGUUUUUUUGCUGUAAACACUGUCUUUUCAGAGAAAAUGCAAUGUUUACAUUACAGCCUAGUGAUAACAUCACUGGCCACUCCUCAGAUGGCUGUUCGAAUGCAACCAAAUAUUCAGUAUCUCCUCCCUCUGCAUGCAGACACUGAACUUUCCUCGUAGAGAUUCAUUGAUUCAGUUCAUCUCUAUGAGGAGAUGUUGAUUGGCCAGAGCUGUGUGAAUUGUGCUGGCUCUGCCUCUGAUCUGCCUCCUUGGCAGUCUCAGCCAAUCCUAUGGGGAAGCAUUGUGAUUGGAUCAGGCUACCACUUCUGAUGAUGUCAGAGGAAGUUCACAGGCAGCAGCUUCAGACUUGAAUACAAGUAAGAUUUGACUAGCUUUAGGGAGGCCAAGGGGGCUAGAUAGUGGUUUUUAACACUAUAGGGUCAGGAAUAAAUUUGUGUUCCCGACCCUAUAGUGCUCCUUUAAUAUAGUUGUUCUGGUGUGUAUAGUAUGUUUCUGCAGGCUUUUUCUAUGUAAGCAAAGAAACUAUAAUAUUUUCUUCUUUGUUUUACAGAAAUUAGUAAAAUGUGGCAGAGUGUGGGAUUAACUUUUCUGGUCUUUGUAGCCACUCUAAUCUGUGUCCUGCUGUUCAUGUUGUGCGGUGAGUAACUGUUCAUUAUUCUAUUUUUCAAUUUACAAGAUUGUAGAUUAGAUGGGCGGCCAUAGUACACUGCAUGUUUAAGAGAACACUCAAAGCACCAUAAACACUACAGUGUAUUCUAGUACCCCAGUUGUACCAUGAUGCCCCUAUAGUAUGUUUUCAAACCAUUUAGUCACAGUAGGACUUCUAAUUUGUGAAACGCUGGGCGCUGCUCCACGCCUCCACUGGCAUUGCAAAGUCUAACUCAGGAGAGCUAACGUUUAAAAAUGGUUUGAUUGCUUACAUUGGGGGGCAGCCUGGGCACACCUGGUACCAUAACUUGUCAUAGUGCUUGGAGUUUUUCUUUAAAUGUUUGUAGUAGGGAUCGACCGAUUAUCGGUUUUACCGAUAUUCAUUAUUUUCGGCAAUAUCAGUAUCAGCCAAUAGAGAUACCGAUAUUGCCGAUAAUACCUCCUAGGACCGCCGGGCUCAUUACAACCCCGGCGAUCCUGGGGGCCCGCAUCAAGCUUUUACUUACCUUCCCAGCAGCUCCCUGUGUAAAUCUCGCGAGUCCCGCGGCUGGCAGAGUGUUGCCACGGGUUACCAUUGCGACGCUUUGCGCGGCACGCUGGCAGCGAGAUUUACACAGGGAGCUGCUGGGAAGGUAACAGCUUGCUGGCUCCCCACUGCUCAGUACAUGCCACUGGACCACCAUGGAAUGCCAUAUCCCCCCUCCCUGGCCAGGUAAUAAGCAGGGAGGGGGGACAAAAAAAACCACAAAAAGCGUAUAUUAAAAAUAAAAUUUAAAAUAAUUUUACACAAAUUACAUCCCUUCAGAAACACACACACUCCGCAUUAUACACACACUCUGCAUUCAUUAUAUACACAACUAUACAAACACACGCUCUAAAUCAUAUACACACACUACACAAACACACACACACACACUUCAUUCAUUAUAUACAGACACUAUACACACACAGCAUUCACUUUACGCACACUACACACACACUCUUCAUUAUAUACAGACACUACACAAGCACACUGCAUUGACUUUACGCACACUGCAUUGACUUUACGCACACUGCAUUGACUUUACGCACACUGCAUUGACUUUACGCACACUGCAUUGACUUUACGCACACUGCAUUGACUUUACGCACACUGCAUUGACUUUACGCACACUGCAUUGACUUUACGCACACUGCAUUCACUUUACGCACACUGCAUUCACUUUACGCACACCGCAUUCACUUUACGCACACCGCAUUCACUUUACGCACACCGCAUUCACUUUACGCACACCGCAUUCACUUUACGCACACCGCAUUCACUUUACGCACACCGCAUUCACUUUACGCACACCACACACUACAAUCACUAUACACUACACAAACACACCCUGCAUUCAUUAUAUACACACUACACAAAUACACACUGCAUCCACCAGACAAACACACACGGCAAUAAUUGUUCAUAUUUCAUCUCUUAGAAAGAAAACCUGCAUUCCUGACAAUGUAGUGCCCUAUUUGCAGAUUUUUAUUCCAGCGCCAUGAGGCAUACCUUCACUGCCCUGCCUUCUGCAUUGUCCUCCUUCUGUCAAGCUGAUGGCCAAUGUGCACUGCACACGACCAAAUGCUUAUCAUGCUUCCUUAUGAGCUUUCACAUCACCGAGUUUUAUUUGGCCAGCGGAGAGGAAGCACCCAUUACUGAUGGCCACUACAGGUGGAUUUAGCCAUGCAAUGUAAACUUCUAAAAAAGGGGAAACAAAAUCAAUAUUUUAAAUAGGAUCAAAACUAAAGGACCGUUGUACCCAGACCACCUCAUUGAGAUGAAAUGAUCUGGGCGAUUUUAAUGGUCUUUUACUUCCCCACUAAGAUAGUGUAUGUGGAUUAACCUCUUAUUGUCAUUGGGACAUGCUAUCCCUACAAAAUAGCUUUAAUGCUGUUAGGGCACCACUUUCCGGAUCUGCAGACAAUCCUGCCAAUCCGAGCCAUGUGAUUGCAAUGACACCGUGAUCACAUGAUUCUGAUCGAUGUAAAUGACCGACUGACUAGAUUGUCAGGCAGAUUACCCAAUAUAUAACCAAUGAAAUAACAUAAUUAUGUGAAAAUGGUAUAUAAAUACAUUUAGAAUGAUAUUUAGUAUAUAUACUAAGCAUAGGCGUGCGCAGCCUAUUGCAUUAGGGUGUGCACCCUAAAGCACAAGCCGCAUAUAUAUGUAUGUAUGUGUGUGUAUGUAUGUAUGUAUGUAUGUAUAUAUGUGUGUGUGUGUGUGUGUGUGUGUGUGUAUGUGUGUGUAUGUAUAUAUAUAUAUAUAUAUAUAUAUAUAUAUAUAUAUAUAUAUAUACACACAUACACACACACUGCUCUGUGUGUGACGGUGCUGGUAGUGUGCUAUGUGGGUGAGGGUGUUUGUGUGUGCGUGCUUGUGAGGAUGCUGUUAAUGUACUGUGUGCUGUGUGUGUGUGUGAGGGUGCUGUUUGUGUGCUGUGUGUGUUUGUAAGGGUGCUGUGUAUGUCUGUGUGGGUGCUGUGUAUGUCUGUGUGGGUGCUGUAUGUGUGUGUGCUGUGUAUGUCUGUGUGGGUGAUUGUGGGGGUGGAGGUGGGGGUACAUUAAUUGCUAUCCCCCCUCCCUUCUUACCUUUUGUAGGGAGGGGGGAUCGUGCUGCUGAUUCCAUCCCUGGUGGUCCAGUGGAGAGUGAACUCUAGCCCCCUGUGGGGCUCGAGUUCACUCUCGCGUGAUUUGAGCGUUGCCGUGGCAACGCUCAUAUCUCGCGAGAGGAACCCGGCGGAGCUGCCGGCAAUAGCUCCGCCGGUCCUCUCCUGCCUCCCUCCCUGCAUGUGGGUCAGUGGGGAGGGAGGCUGAGAGCAGAGCCGGUGCUCGGGUAGCGCCGGCUCUGCAUGAGCCAGCAGGGGAGAUCCUGAGAUCUCCCUUGCCGGUCUCACUGCUAGGCGUGCCACGGGGAUUAGGGUGUGCCCAGGCACACCCGGCACACCCCGUGCGCACGCCUAUGAUGCUAAGUGCACAAAACAAAAAAAUAAUUAAAGGGACACUAUAGUCACCAAAACAACUUUAGCUUAAUGAAACAGUUUUGGUGCAUAGAUCAUGCACCUGCAAUCUUAAUGCUCAAUUAUCUGCCAUUUCGGAGUUAAAUCACUUUGUUUAUGAAUCCUAGUCACACCUCCCUGCAUGUGACUUGUACAGCCUUCCUAAACACUUCCUGUAAAGAGUCAGCUAAUGUUUAUCCUUCCUUUAUUGCAAGUUCUAUUUAAUUUAGAUUUUCUUAUCCCCUGCUAUAUUAAUAGCUUGCUAGACCCUGCAAUAGCCUCCUGUAUGUGAUUAAUGUUCAAUUUACAGAGAAAGAGAUACAAUUGUUUAAGGUAAAUUACAUCUGAUUGAAAGUGAAACCAGUUUUUAUUCAUGCAGGCUGUGUCAGUCAGAGCCAGGGGAGGCGUGGCAAGGGCUGCAUAAACAGAAACAAAGUGAUUUAACUCCUAAAUGGCAGUGAAUUGAGCAGUGAAACCUGAGAGGCAUGAUCUACACACUAAAACUGCUACAGUUGUUAAAGUUGUUUAGGUGACUAUAGUGUUCCUUUAAGGUUUGCUCUUCCACCACCACGCAUCAAAACAGCAGCAAUUAAAGGGGCACUCUCAACAUCAUAACCAUUGCAGCUCACUGUCAGAUGUUCCCUGGCAUUUUUCAAUGAUUAUCUGGGUUGCCAUGGUGCCUGUGGUAUGGCUUUGUUUUGGAUGGCACUUUAAUGAUUAUGGUGAUUAGUUGCAUUUGGAGUAUGUGUUAACAUGAUUUGCAUGACCGCCUUUUUGUUUGGUUCUUAAGUGUAGACAGCAAGAGAUCUAACAAGCAAUAAGUUUAUGUUCUAAUACAGGGAUUACCAACCUCCACCAUUCCAGAUCCGUGGCUUGCAUAUCUGGAUGCUUGCACAGCAUCUGGAAUGGUAAAUGUUAGCAACCACUACUCUAAUAAACGUGAAGGAUAUUAUACUUUAAAAAAAAAAAAAAAUAUAUAAAUUUGCUGUUGUUUUUAGGGUGGUACGUGGUAUGGCAUCUCUUCCUGUCCAAAUUUAAAUUCCUACGAGAACUUGUCUGCGACAGCGGCUCUUUACAGGGAGAAGGGGAGUCCACAGAACCACUCGCAGAGCCUGACGCUCCACCUACACCUCAGCGAUCAAGACCCAAGUCCGCACGACAAAGGAGAGUUUUAGAAGAGGCGACCUAA